AUGACGACAAAGCCACAGGGUGAGGCGUUGUGUCUCAUGGGCGACCUCGACUGCAUCUGCAAGGCCAGCAAUUCGCUCGAACAUAACACGGAGUUCAACCAGCAGUGCGUUCUCGACGCUUGCUACGGUGACAUUGGCAGAGAAGAGUUUCUCGACAGUCUCUACUACCACUGCAACAAGGUAGACAAGGAGCUCAUUGACAUCCCGAAACGAUGGGAGCCCUACCUUCCAGUCACCUUCCCUUCCGCACCCGACUCGACGACUAGUGACCCCGAGAAUCCCGCGCCUGCUCCAGCCGGUGUCAAGCUCAACGUCCAAUCCAUCGUGGGCAUUGUCAUCGGAGUCCUUCUCGUCCUCUGCAUGGUUUUCGGAUUGCUGUGGCUCUGGUGGAAGAAAAAGAGGGAAGCCAAGAAGCUGCGCGUCGAAAACGCUCAGAUGCUAGACGCUAUGAACCCUGACGGCUUCAGCAACAGGAUCCACACCUUGAGAGAACACUCAUCAAUCCAGGACUUCGCAGAUCUCCGGGGAACCGGCAGUGCAGGCUCGGACGCCGCUGCAUCAAGGCACGGUACCGCGUCUACCUACAAUGACGCGACACUCGUUGGUUCGCCGCGGAGCACGACUGCCUUCCCCCUCAGCCCUACAACCCCUAAGAGCCCAAUUCCUGAGUACGGUACAGCCGACGAAGACUGCGCCAUGUCGACGUUCGUCCGGUAUCCCGGUCAUAAGCCAUACAAUGACGGCCAGUUCGAGCUACCCAACAACCAGCUUCGCGGCAGUCAAGUCAUGCAAGGCCAGCACAAUACGCAAGAUGACUCAGUGAGCGAGUACAGUACGCGCCGCCCUAGCUAUGGCGAGGACUCCAUCGACAUACGCCAGGACAGAGAAUCGCGGGCACAGUUCGAACGGAUGCAGCGGGAUGAGUGGGAGCGAAAUGGGGAUCUGGAGCCGCGCCACAACCGGGGAGGUGCAUUUUGA